AUGUCAUUAAACAAUGAAGACACGGUUUUAAAAAAUAGGAGUAAAAUUAAAGCCGAACUAUAUUUAGAAGAAAAACAUGUAAUGCCCUUAGUGAACCAUUUAACCAGUACAUUGCUAAUACACGAACCUAAAGACCCAAUAGAAUUUCUCGUACACCAAGUGAAAGACAUAAUGCAUUUCCGGAAUAACCGUGGCAAACCACCAAUACUAUUCAACGACGAUCAUUUAACAAAUGUUUUUAAAGGAGUAGACUUUUUAAAUAAGAGUACGAUUGAUUUGAGUCAAUAUUGCAGUGCUAUGAAGAUGCUAGGACUGAAUGAAAACGAUUUCAACCAGAAUCCACAAGUGGACGAAAACAACCAAAUUGAAUGUAAAAUAUUCGUAUACGAGGCAAAGUUUGCGUUAAUAAAACAGAUGAACACGAUGAUACAGUAA